AUGGCGGAACUGCGCGACGCGUACAAGGCCAUCAAGCUGCUCCAAGAUGCGCUCAGCAAGUCCAAGGCCGACACAACGUCUCUGCGCGACCACUUUAAAGCGCAGCUCGAGCAAUACCAGCUGCAAGUGCACGCGCUCCGCGACGAGCUGGCGGCCAAGCCUGUCGACGAGGCCAAGCCCGUUCCGUGCCAGCACCACGGCCUCGGCAUUGAAGCAGCCGAGCGCAAGCAUGCGAUCGAAGUCCAGGCUCUGCGAGAUGAACUUGCGCUUGCGCAUCGGUACCGCGAAGAGGCGCUGGCGGAGCUCGCACAAUGCCGCGCUGCUUUGGUUGAGCAGCAGACCAUGAGUCACGACAGCGCUCGCGCCCUCAAGGAGCGCCAGGCGACGCACGAGGCAGAAGUCCUCGGUCUGCAGCAAACCAACACGAUUGUACUUCUCGAGAAGCACGUGCUCCAAGACGAAGUCUCGACCCUUCGGAUGGCCGUGGCCGACCACGAAGCGUCCAAGCAGCAUCUCGAAGACCACACGCGGCUGCUGCUUCUACAGCAACAUACGCUACAAGAACAACUAGCGCUGGCCCUCGAAGACCGGGACGCUGUACGACGUGUCGCGGACGCGCAAGUAGAGUCCCUCCAGCAGGAGCUGGGCGUCGUACGAACCGCCUUCAACGAUCUGCAGCAAGCACUUUGCGUGACGCUGCCAGAGGCAGAAGAUGCCACAAGUGCACCUGAUACGAACGUUGUACCUUCAGAUAUCUCAUCAGCGCUGGCAGCGCUUUUGCGGGAGAAGGUCCAGCUGCAAACCGACGUGGCCGCGCUCCGAGCGUUCACACACGAUCGCGUGGCGACGACGAUGGCGAGCGUCCAGCAGCACCAGCGCGAGGAGUGGGCAGCCUUCCAACUCGCACAGGUAGCGCCACUCAAGACCAUGGCCGCCGACUUGUGCAUCAAGGUUGAAGUCCUCGAAUACGACAAGGCGGCGCUAACCACGUCGCUUCGCGCCCAGUGGGAGACACUGCGUGCGUUUUGCAAAGAAGAGCUGGCGGCGUUUGCAGCCCAACAGAGCAAUGCCAUGGACCAUGUCGUUGCCCACGUCGCCAAGCUCCAAGAGUCCAGCACAGUCGCCACCGUCACAACGCUCAACGCCGACGACGACGCGACGGCGCCGUGGUCGUCCCUCGUAGCCACGCUGCUCGAGGUUGUUGGGCCCUUCCAGAAGCUCGUCCAGUGCCUCUCCCAGCUCCAAAGCCUUCUCAAGACAAUGGUACACCAUGGUCUUGCGCUUGAAGACUGGUCCGACGUGACGACACAAGACCGCGUCCGGUCGAUCGUCUCGCUGGCCCAGCGCCUCGUAUCGACGGCAGCGCCGCAAGCCCUCGGCGAGACCGUCGCGGCGUGCCACCGCGCCGUGCACGACCAGUUGUACGGAUGGCACAAGGUCCAGAGCAGUUAUGUGGGCCCAAUCCCUGUCUUUGGCAUUCACUCGCCCGAGGUCGACCACAUCAUGACGAGCUGGAGCGCAAGCGUCGCCGAGCAGCAAGCCGCCAAGCUAUGGCUCUCGUACGUUGCGACGGGCGACAUUGACGGCCACGUUGAAAGCAGUCACUUUCGCUUCCGGAGCCUCAGCGACGACGUCAAGGACGCCUUCCUUGUCCUUAUCGUGCCCGUGCUCAAGCAGCGCCAGGGCGAUUCUCUCCACGUGCGCCUCCGACGCCACCGACCGUCCACGACGAGUGACGAGACGCGCUAUGACCUGCUCCUCGAAGUCGGCGCGCUCAUGCGCCAAAGCCUCUCGAGCGAGAGCGAAGAUAGCGUCGCGCCUCCAAAGGAGGCGCCGUCGACGCUCUUCCUCGCCAUUGAGCGCCGCCUCGCCGAGCUCCAGCAGCACCAGUAG